GGAAGUUAGGAGGAGUUGACUCUUUGCUGUUGGGAGCCAGGGGAGGACGGGGCCGCCAUCUCUUCCCAGCUUACAAUUUAAUUUGUGACUUCCCACGUUGGAUCUCUGCUCCCUUGGGACGUUUAUACACUGGUUUGGUUUUAUUUCCCCCCCCCUCUCCUUUACAGUGGUGCCACAGCCAAAGGCUGGUGGCAGCUGAAUCAGAGCCUGGGCACAGGAGGCUGGUGCUUGGAGAGGAUCCUGAGCCUGCAUGGAGCAGCUGGGAGAGCCAGGGCUCACACGGACAGGGCAGAGGCCCCCAUUGCAGGAGCUGGAGGAUCUGCCAGCCAUGAGGAAGGGGCCAUGUGGGGCUGGACAACCCUCCCUGCGGGUUUCGAGGGCACCAUCAGGGGGCAGGAGGAGGAUCAGCCAUGCGAGAGUGAAAGGGAAAGGCCAGCUGAAGUUGUCCAUCGAGGUGCGGGGCCGGACGCUGGUGCUGCACGUCAUGGAAGCCAAAGGUCUGAUGGGAAGCGAGUGCCGUGCGUGUGACUCCUACGUGAAGAUGUCCAUCGUGCCAGAUGCUGACUGGAAGUGCAGGCAAAAGACGAAGACGGUGCCGGACAGCAAAAAUCCCGUCUUCCAGGAGCACUUUGUUUUCCCAGUGCAGGAGGAGGAUGAGCAGAAGCGUCUCCUGGUCACAGUCUGGAACAGAGAGAGAAAUUCCAGACAGAGUGAACUGAUUGGCUGCAUGAGCUUUGGUGUGAAGUCCCUCCUGUCCCUGGACAAGGAGAUCAGUGGCUGGUACUACCUCCUCGGGGAGGACCUGGGCAGGACCAAGCACCUGAAGGUGGCCAUGAGGCGGCUGAAGCAGAGCACAGGGCCGGUCCUGGGAAGUCAGAGUGCAGCUGAGGAGAGCCAGGAUGCUGUGACCCUGAAGCAGCUGAAGAUCACGAUCCCUCGAGGGAGUGAUGGCUUUGGUUUCACCAUCUGCUGUGACUCCCCAGUCCGUGUGCAGGCCGUGGACUCCGGUGGCCCAGCAGAGAAGGCAGGUCUGCAGCAGCUGGACACGGUGCUGCAGCUGAACGAGCAGCCUGUGGAGCACUGGAAGUGUGUGGAGCUGGCACACGAAAUCCGGAACUGCCCCAGCGAGAUCAUCCUCCUGGUGUGGAGGCUGGUCCCGCAGGUGAAGGCAGGCCACGAGGGGAUGAUCCGCAGGUCCUCCUGCAAGUCCGCCUACGACCUGCAGUGCCCCCCGCACAAGCGGGAGAAGAACAGCGCGGGGCCCCCCCCGGGCGAGCAGCGCCGCAGCUGCCACGUCCUGUACGACAGCAGCGAGGGGCUGCUGCUCAACGGCUGGGACAGGUACACAGAGCUGGGCAAGAGGGGCCAGAACACCCUGCCAGCCCUGUCCCGGGUACCCUCGGCCGCCGACCAGAACUACAUCAUCCUGACGCCCCUGAACCCGGGCAGCCAGCUGCUGAGGCCUGUCUAUCAAGAGGACAACACCACUGGGGGGAAUGCUCCUAAAGGCAAAUCCCACACGGGAUCUGGGAGGAAAUCCAGGCUGAUGAAGACCGUGCAGUCCAUGAAGAGCCACGGGAACUACCAGAACUGCACCAUAGUGAGGCCCCACAUCCCACACUCCUACGGCACCUACGUCACCCUGGCCCCCAAAGUGCUGGUGUUCCCCAUCUUUGUGCAGCCCCUCGAUCUUUGCAACCCAGCCCGGACUCUGCUUCUGUCAGAGGAGCUGCUUCUUCACGAGAGCAGGAACAGGACUACACAGGUGACCCUGUUUGUGUACUCGGACCUGCUGCUCUUCACCAAGGAGGAUGAGCCCGGGCGCUGCAACGUGCUGAGGAACCCCCUGUACCUGCACAGUGUCAAGCUCCAGGAGGGUUCAGAAGAUCGGAAGUUCUGCCUCCUUUACCUUGCAGAGAAGUCGGAGUGCUUAUUAAGUUUGGAGGCUUACUCCCAGGAGCAGAAGAAGAGGAUCUGCUGGUGUCUGGCUGAGAACAUCACCAAGCAGCAACAUCCGGCAUCGGCUCCUACGGAGAACAAGAUGCUGGAGACAGACACGGAGAAGCCGGGGCAGAUGCACUCGGAGGACGGGAAGGCAACAGUGGGUGAUGCUCCUCCGGCUGCUGAGGCACCGGCUCUGGCCAAGCCCUGGGAUGUCCUGGGAGCCACCCAGGGUCCUCUCCUGGUGGAAAAGCAGCCAGUGGCCACUGCAAAGGGAGAGGAGCAGCCCAGCUCCCUGCCAGCCUUCGUCAUCCCCGAGCUGCGCCUCGACAGCACCUUCAGCCAGGGCGUGGCCGGCGUGGCAGGCGGCACCACGGACGGGGAGGACGAGGAGGAGGAGGAGGAAGAAGAUGAGGACGAGGAGGAUGAUGAUGAUGAGGAGGAGGACAGUGACGAGCAGUACCUGGAGAGGAGCGAGGUGAAGCGCAGCAGCAUGAUCGAGACGUCGGGCGGCCAGGCCGGGUACACGCUGAGCGUGCAGGGCUCCCUGCGGCGCCGCACCCACAGCGAGGGCAGCCUGCUGCAGGAGGCCAAGGGGCACUGCUUCACCUCGGACACCACCCUCAACUGCUCCGACAGCCAGGGCUCCACCGCCCGCUGGGCUCUGCCCUCCCCCAGGACCCUCAAGAAAGAGCUCGUCAAGAACGGCGGCUCCAUCCACCAGCUCACGCUGCUGUUUUCGGGCCACAGGAAGCUGAGUGGAGCCGACCCCGAGUGCAGCUGUGAUGAAGGGGACGAGACCUCCCGCAAGAAACGGAGCAGGAGCCUAGCCAAGGACAUGAAGAACCGGCUGGGGAUUUUUCGGCGGAGGAACGAGUCCCCCGGAGCCAACCCCUCCGGCAAGCUGGACAAAGUGCUCAAAUCCCUCAAGCCCACUCCCGAGGAAGCACUCAAGUGGGGAGACUCCCUGGAGAAGCUGCUGCUGCACAAAUACGGGCUCGCUGCCUUCAGGGCCUUCCUGCGCACCGAGUUCAGCGAGGAGAACCUGGAGUUCUGGCUGGCCUGUGAGGAGUUCAAGAAGAUCAAAUCCCAGUCCAAGAUGGUCUCCAAGGCCAAGAAGAUCUUUGCCGAGUACAUCGCCAUCCAGUCCUGCAAGGAGGUCAACCUGGACUCCUACACCCGGGAGCACACCAAGGAGAACCUGCAGAACAUCACCCGCAGCUGCUUCGACCUGGCGCAGAAGAGGAUUUACGGGCUCAUGGAGAAGGACUCGUACCCCCGCUUCCUGCGCUCUGACUUGUACCUGGACAUAAUUAACCAGAAGAAAGCCAGCUCCCCGCUGUAGACCCAAGGACUGUCUCGGGGCAGGCUGGGAGCUGUGUGUUUACAUGGAAUUGGGCAGUGAAGGCCUUCCUGGGAGCCGGUGGGAGCGUGUUUUCCUGCUGCCGCUCGUGCCCCCAAGCCAUAAUUCCUGCAGCGACGGACGUGGGGCAGCUGAAGGCACCGAGCCUGGGGCCAGGGGGACCGACACACCAAGCAGUCUGGUACUGCUCCAUCGCGGGUACGACGCCUUCGGGGUGACACCAGUGUGGAUUUUGGCCGGGAGGGGAGCUCCCCCAAGGCUACUGGGAAGCAGCGCCCCGGCUGGGAGCGUUCCUGGAGGGCGGCGAGUGACCCCCAACUGCCGAGGAGGAGUUUUGAGCAGGGCUCCGGCAAGGGGACGACAGCACCGCCACGACCACCCCAUCCCCUGGAUCAAAGCCUGGUGACCUGGCCAGCCCCAGGAUGCUGCUGUGCUUCCCCCGUGCCACGGUGCCCCCCGGCUGC